AGCGGCAGAUGACGACGACGACGACGAAAAUUUAAAGAAUGUUAAGAAAGCCACACCAACCUUUACAACAAGUGGUCAAAAGGCUUUCUGAGGUACCUGGUAUACUGGUACAACCGCCAGGUGUCCAGCCUGUACUUCUAGACAUUCACCAGGAGGGUCCAUUGCCACCCCAGUUUAGUCUUGCACAGCAGUAUAGGAAGGUUGUUACAAAGGAUUUUUGCCUUUCCACCAAGCAGGGUGCAUUGCAAUAGGACAAGAAAUUGUACUGGUACAAAACAUACUGAAGUUCAGUGGUGCAGUCUAUGUAAUUUAUAGAACGUUUAGUAACACUGAAUCAUAUUUUUCUUAUCGUUGUCCCUCCUCAUACAUCAGUUGUUACAGAGUUUAUGGUUUACACGAGUGCUUUGGUGUUGGGCAACUUCAGAAUAUUAAGAGAAAAUGUGUAUUGUUCCCAGAAAAAUAAAGUUUCAUUGCAAUCCCCCUUCUUCACCAAGCCUAAUAUGAAACAAUAACAAAAAACAAACAAGUGGAUGGCAGACCCUAACCCAAAUAGGUAUAAGCAAUGUGUCCUCAAUAGAGGGGGCUCAUUGAUUCGUUGUUUUGUAGCUGGUUUGUUGUUUUUGUGUGUUUUCCGUGCGGCUAGAGCAGUGGUCUUGGGGGCACAUCCAUGGUUUGAGCGGGUCGCCAAUUGCUGGUUGCCUCAACAUUCCAUCGGGCUCAAGUGCAUAAAUACCCACCGCCUGUAUCACACAUGAGGACUAAGGUUGAGUUAGUGAAUGGGUUAGGUCGCUGGGUUAGGGUUAGCUCCACUUCUGUGACAGGGCUGCCUCAUCUUGUUUCCACCUUGGGGUUGGGUACAGCCUAACAUAACACAAUAACAAUACAAAUAAAAUAUUUGUAAAUAAAAAAUAUUUGUAAACCAAUAAUAAUUAUAAUAAUAAUAAAUGGCUACAGUUUUUAGGGUGGCCUUUUCCUUAGCACUCAAAAUAUGUAGUGUGCCCUGUUUAAUGAAUCUCUCAAACUAAUUCAUUCAAUUCAAUAACUAUUAGGUUACUAGAUGGCACAGCUGUGGAAAGUGGUGGAAUUUCCAGACCAAAGCACCGCAGUUGUUGCAUCCAACUGGUUGGAAGAGACAGGACAAGAAAGGACACGCUAUUGGCUAUUGGCUAUUGGCCUCCAUAUAAUGGACAGCGGAUGCAAAAAGCUGUAAUGAACCACAUCCCACCAGGACGAGAAUGGUCCAUGCAUAAAGGCGUCAGGGUCUUGGCUAACUGUUUUAACCAUUUUGCUUUGGAUAAAAGCAUCUGCUAAAUAAAUAAAUGUAAACUGUGGUAAGUAAAGUCACUUAAGGAAAACAGCAAAAAAACUAAAAACAGACUUGUUUAGUUUCAUUUACUUAAUUCCCUUUCAGCAUCCUAUGUUAAGGCAAAGCAAUAUCUCCAGAAGUCUUUGCAGCCAGAUUGCCCAACGUCUGACAUUCAGUCCGAAGGAGAGAGUGACAUCAGGCAAGGAAAAAGAAGGCCUAAUCCACGUUACCUGGAGGAUCAGGAGAGUGAGGAGGAAUCUGACAGGGGUCCUGAAAGGCGAGUGGUCCGACCCACAAUAGUCAUGCCAGAUCAAGUCUUGGCACAACCAAGUAUGUCCUGGAAUUGCAUGUCCCAGAGACCACUUGCAGAACCAGCUGAAGCACCACGGGCCAGUGAAUGGCAAUAUGGUCAACCUCAGCCACCUCCCUUCUACCAGGACCUCGCUCUCAGUAAAGUCCUGUGGGCCCUGGGGGAGCUAAAAGAGGAGGUGCAGGCACUCAGGCAGGAGACAGUCCAGAUGAGGGCUGAAAUGAAGAUGUUGGGGACCAAAUCCAAGUCAGGAUCCAAUGACCCUCAAACCAUUUCCAGACCACCAGUCAGCCUGCCCCUCACAACCUUUGCCAUGCUAGAGGAAAUGGAGCAGAUGCUACUAUCGGAGGUGGAGCGGCAAAAAUUGACAACAUAUUAUACUGUAUUGGGUGGUCACACGGCAAAGGAUUUCACAAGGCGUUUGCUAAUGCAGACCUUCACAAACUCCUUUGCCAGUUCUCUCAACUGGGCCGGGAAAGGGAUAAAGACAGGACUAAAAUCCACAAAAGUACAAGACUGCAUGUUCUAUGCUGUACGGAAGUUAUUUCCUGGCCAAACUCAUGCUGAGUUUUAUGACACCGUGAAGCGCUGGCUGCGGUAUGCGCCAGAGCGAGACGGGGGGAAAGGACGAAAACGCGCUGGAGAGACAAAUGAAAUGAACCAUAGGUCUACUUAAAUAAAGUCGCCAUUCUAUUAAAUAUCAAACCAUGUUUUUCUUUUUAUUGUAUAGCCUACUUCAAUGGUAAAUGAGUUUUAAUAUGAGUAUGCCCAGCUGUGCCAAUAUAUCGUAGCCUCGAUAGGCUAGAGCCAGUAGCUGAAACUAAUGUAGGCCUUUCCCAAAGAACAAUAGACCUAAUGUGAAGCUGCUCCUGCUGAGAAACUGCCUGUAAACUAUCAAUGUAGCCUGUACACUCCAUUGAUUAAAAGGUAACCCACAAAACAACCAUAAACCAACCAAAAGGUAUGAUUGAUUUAAUGUUGUUUCUGCGUUUGGAUGCAUCAUAAAAUAACGUUGAAACAAUGUUGUAUCAACCAAGAAUCGAUGCGCGCGUUUGAAUCCAUUUCGACGUCGGAAAACGAUGUUAAAACAACGCCUUUUGCGAUGGAAAAACAACAAUGAU